CUUUAUCUUUCGCAAUACAAUCAGAUACUAUAAAUAAUUACGUACGGCACAUACCGGCAGUAAACGAGCCGUUCACAAUUCAGUCGCAUCACUCAACUUUUUCACGAUGGAUUUCACCGGUAAAGUUGUUCUCAUCACGGGAGCCAGCAGUGGCAUCGGUGCUGCAACGGCUAAAUACUUUACCGAUCUGGGAGCCAGCGUUGUCCUAACCGGGAGAAACGCGGAUAAUCUCAAUAAAGUCGGGGCUGAGUGUGAAGCCGUGGGCAAACAGAAGCCGUUUCUGCUGGUGGCCGAUGUCACGAACAGUGACGAUAACACCCGGGUGAUUAACGAAACCCUCAAGAAGUUCGGCAAAUUGGAUGUUUUGGUGAACAAUGCUGGCAAAGGGCUUGCCGGGAGCAUCGAAAACACCAGCGUGGAGCAGUUUGACGAUAUCAUGAACACCAACGUGAGGGGCGUGUAUCACCUGACGAUGCUGGCGGUGCCUCAUCUUAUCAAGAGCAAAGGCAACAUCGUGAAUGUAUCGAGCGUUGCCGGGACACGAUCUUUUCCGAACGCAUUGGCAUACUGCAUUUCGAAGGCCGCUCUGGAUCAAUUUACAAGAUGCGUCGCUCUUGAACUAGCACCAAAGCAAGUUAGAGUGAAUUCAGUUAAUCCAGCGGUCAUCGUAACGGAUUUCCAUAACCGGGUCGGCAUGAGUGCUGAGGCGUAUGCCGCCUAUCUGAAGAGCUGUGAGCAAACCCAUGCUCUGGGCCGUGUGGGACAAGCAGCGGAAGUCGCAGCGGCCAUCGCUUUCCUGGCGGGGGACACUGCUAGCUUCAUCACGGGAACGUGCCUAUGCGUGGAUGGAGGAAAGAACGUGAUGUGUCCUCGAUAAUUUAGAUGGAAUAUGGAUGGAAAACAAAUUCUUAUUGUACCGUUUUGUUGAAAAUUGUAAAAUUUAAUGAAAGGUAAAUAAAGAUAAUUUAUUGGGUAA